AUGUCUGCUCAAGCUGUCGAGACCUCCCGCCUGGACGGCAAGGUCGCCCUCGUCACCGGCUCCGGCCGUGGCAUCGGCGCUGCCAUGGCCACCGAGCUCGCCCGCCGCGGUGCCAAGGUCGUCGUCAACUACGCCAACUCCACCGACGCCGCCAACAAGGUCGUCGACCAGAUCAAGAAGAACGGCGGCGACGCCAUCGCCCUCAAGGCCGAUGUCAGCGACGUCUCCCAGACCACCCGCCUCAUGGACCAGGCCGUCGAGCACUUCGGCCAGCUCGACAUUGUCUGCUCCAACUCCGGCGUCGUCUCCUUCGGCCACUUCAAGGAUGUCACCGAGCAGGAGUUCGACCGCGUCUUCCGCAUCAACACCCGCGGCCAGUUCUUCGUGGCCCGCGAGGCCUACAGGCACUUGUCGGUCGGUGGCCGCAUCAUCCUGAUGGGCUCCAUCACCGGACAGGCCAAGGGUGUUCCAAAGCACACCGUCUACUCUGGCUCCAAGGGUGCCAUUGAGACUUUCGUCCGCUGCAUGGCCAUCGACUGCGGUGACAAGAAGAUCACCGUCAACUGCGUGGCCCCAGGUGGCAUCAAGACCGACAUGUACCACGCCGUGUGCCGUGAGUACAUCCCCAACGGUGACAAGCUCACUGACGACCAGGUCGAUGAGGUAAGCUAGGACAAAUCCAUUGCUGCGACGAGAAGUCUUUGCUGACAUGUUCUGCUCAAAAGUACGCCGCCACCUGGUCCCCAAUGCAGCGUGUCGGUCAGCCAAUCGACAUUGCCCGUGUCGUCUGCUUCCUCGCCUCUCAGGACGGCGAGUGGGUCAACGGCAAGGUCAUCGGCAUCGACGGCGCCGCAUGCAUGUAA